CUGAUAACCUAGUCUCCAAAAAUGGAACUCCCUAUCUGGUUCCGCUGUCCUCAAGGCCAAAUGAAUACUAUAGAUUCCCACAGAACCACCAGGCAGGUCAAAUUACAUUGAAGAAUGCCCCUUAAUAGCUCUGACCCGACUAUACUGACCAAGCUACACACACGCCUCGAGCUCUCUUCACCGAGCUGAUCUACAUCAUACUCAGGCCCAGGCUGACAUCGGCACGGUUAGCAGGAAACCGUGAUUCAAAGUUUUCACGGAGGGGUGUAUUCCGAUCGAUUGAUUUUUGACUAUCCCUUCUCGCUGUCUUUUCUUCAUUGCGACGUCUCAACAUAAAGGCUUCUCGAUUAUUACGCCUCAGGGCCCGCGAUGGGGGAUGAUCUUCUAGACUUCGUCAUCAAUCAUGUGUUCAUGCCGCCCAAGUUGCCCCAAGAGGCGGAUGAGAGUCCGGAGCGCAUAGAUUUUCUUUUGUCGACCAUCUGCAAGAGCAUGACGCUUUACAGAAAGCAGUAUGCUGCACCUGAGCACCAAGCGUUGUGGGAUUCAUUAUUGAAAAUGGUGGGUACGUUGCAACGAAUCAACAUGGACCCGGAGGUUGGAAUCAGCGAAUGCAUCAAAAGAUGGAGCACUGGAGACAUCAUCGCCAUUUUCGUUCGUGCUCAAAACGCGGGUGUGAUCAUCCGUUGUGGUGAGGAGGAAACAAUAUUCGAGAAUUUCGAAGCUUCGCCAACGAACAGAGCCGUGAUGGAUUGCACAGGGAAGCUUGUCCGCUCCUUUCCCGGGCCCGCAAUUGCCAUCCGAAACAACAUUAUGCAGGAUCUGGAUUUUCUAGAAGAAUUGUCUACAUUCCUAACUGAGAUGAAUGGUGAUCGACGGGAAAAUGAGGCCAUGAUGGACGAUCAAUCGCUAGAUGAGGACACAGUGGACAGCGAUCAUUUGCACGAGGAGAACAGAAUGGACGGCGAUCAACGGGAGGACGAGGACGAAAUGGGCAGUGAUCGACUACAGGAUGGGGACACAAUGGGCGGUGAUCCAUUGCAGGAUGAGGACGCAAUGGAUGGCGAUCCACUGCAGCAUAAGGACAGUGAUCAACCGCAGAAUACGGGGGAACACGGGAACCGCUCAUUCGCGUUCGCGCCCCGGGGGCGAUGGGCUUCCGAGGACACACCUCAUCCGAUGUACGUCACCGAAUUGCUGACCGGGAUACUCCGUGGAGUAGGGGAGCCUGCCGACAUUCCUCGCGUCCAGAAGAGAACAUCAGACGAUGUUUUGCGGCGAAAAACGGCUUCUGUCCCAUGGCGGCGCAGCUCCCUCUGGCUCGUUGUUCGCGUCGCGUUGCAGACUACGAUUCAUCGAGGCACUUCGAACAUGAAGGAAUACAAGGCUUUUAUGGUACUUCUUCUGGCCGAGAUUCUGCGGAGCGGCGUUGAGAAGUAUUUACCGGGACAUAUUCUUUAUUGCAUGCGGGCCAAACUUAGCCGCCGACUCUUUAAAAUCCGCUCAUGGGCAGCUCCGUCUCUGAUCACAUUUGUCCACGAGGUGGUGCUUGAUAUUGAAGGGUUGCUCCAAGAUCGAUGGAAGAGCAUUCAAGAUGCGCACAUGCGGGUACCCAAGUGGGCACCAGACGAGCUAGAUGUUAUUGGGGACACUAGCCUCAACUUGAAAAAUUGUAGAUCUUACAUCAGUGCCGCUCUCGUCUCGGGGGUUUCCGCCAAUCCUGAUGCUGCAUUCCAACCACAUCAUCAUCCACGAUCAUUCAAUGAUCUCUUUGACGACGAACCCGGCAGUUUUUCGGCAGCAAUAAAAGUCAAUGGGUUUGUUGCGCUUUGGGAUUUUGAGUGUUGCGUAAAAGAUCGCAUUGACGAAUGGGUAUCUCGGCAAAUAUCCGACCAGAACUGCGAAAGUGCUUGCGAUUUAAUCCCUCAUUACAUGACGACAUAUGCCGAAGAGGCCGAGAAACUGUAUGGGGCACUAGCAGACCAAUCCAUUAUGCUCCUCACGCUUUUUGAGUUGUGGAUGGCACUCGACAUUUUGGCAACAACUAGUUGUCCCCUCCUGAAGGAUUAUUCACCCGAGGUUCCACUGACUCUAUAUGAGGACCUCCUGCUCUCGAAAUCCGAGUCGUUGGAACGCAUCUCGAAGAUCCAGACCUACCUGCGCAAGCGCUAUCACGAAGCUGGUAGUACCCCUCGAUCAGUUUUUUCAGAAACUGUCGAUGAGGAAACUUUCGCAGUCAGAUUUUUCGAGUCGUCUCCAUCACUUCAGAGCCUUAAGCGCACCAUAGAGGAACAAGCGGGGACGAGCGAAAAACUUCAAGAGCUUCGCUUGCUAAAUCUAGAAUAUAGGGAAACGGUGAAAUGGGCAGGCUUUCACACUGUGGAUCGCAUGAAACCCGGGCACAACCUGGAAUCUUGUGGAGAAUGCCGUGUCAAAUGGCGGGCAAGAGUCCUGAGGACAGUUAUUCGCGAAUGGCCUCUACCAAAAGAACCAGUGCGAGCAAAAACCAUUGUUUUUGAGCAAGCAGUUCCUAGGAUUUUCAAGGCUUGGAGGGAGACAACUUAUUGGCUUCUCCGUGACAUCUGUACGUCGAAGGAAGGAAGGACACUUACGACGAGGGAAUCGUAUAUCCGCUCAUGCACACAGGAGUCCCCUUUGGGUACAGAACGUCGCGUCCCAAAUUCUCAACGAAUAUCGUUGGCACCGGAGGUAGAAAUCCCAGACAAGGAAGGUGUCUCUCGCACGUAUACAUCUUCAUGUCGGCUGUGGGACAUUAGCCAUCGCAGAUGGAUAUAUUCUCCAUCUGGUGACUGCGGUCUGAGUCACAGAAUGUCCAUGCGGAUACCGAGACAGUCUCCAUAUGCAUCCUUGGAAUGCUUUGCGUUGGGAACAUCCCACACCUCGAACGAAGUUCUUGCAAGCCAACAUGAAUGUCCCUCUUCGCUUAGCCUACGCAGUUUCGUUGCCUUCGGUUCGUUACGCGCUGGAGCCCGGUUACAGUGGUACAAUAUUGCCCGAGAAAUUCCCUCCGAAAAUUUGAGUUUUCAGUGUGAGGAGGUGCAUGACCUGAUCUCUCAGGCUGUGUGCCAAGUCGGAUGCCUUUCCAGCGAUGGCGUUUGGGAAUGUCACCAGGUUUUACAAGAGGUCUCAUUCGGUAAUGUGUUAUUGGACGUCCUUGAACAGCUGGGGACGGAUAUAGAGGGGAACUGGCGCCAGGGUAUCACAGCACUGACUGUCACUACACUGGCUUCUCGAUUGCUGGCCUCGGCUGUGGCACCACCGAUCAUCAACAAAACGUACACACUACUCCAGAAGAUGCGAGACAUCACUCUGCGCUGGUUGCACGAACUUUUGGUACUUCAAUCACACGCCGAAACUGAAACCGAACGAGACAGAUAUCAAGGAGCAAUAUGUCAAAUAGCCGCGAUUUGUAGGAGUUCAUUUGAUGUCGAUGCGCCCCAUGCUAAAUCACUGCUUCGAACUCCGGAAGAUGUCGCCAAAUUCAUCGAAUGUGCUAUCAUCCUUUGUAGUCAUUCUCCCCUCACUGAUGCAGACCCUCAUUUGCAUCAGUUGCUUCUCCGAGACAAGCGCGUGUCCUGCAGGAUGGAAGCGCUUCUUAUUACCCGCAUCCAGGAAAGGGGGACCAUGCUAGGCAUUAACAAAGCAAUAUCAGCUGUUUGGAGUGGUAUCGAUCCAACAUGUUGCUGGACAAGGCUACCAAGACCUAACGACCGUUGGUUGACCACUACCGUAAAUGGUCAAAGGACACAAAACGUUCAUUUCAACGUAUUAAGUGGCGCUUUGCUCAUUGAUGGGAAACCACCCGGUUGGUUGCCAUCUGACAUUCGUGGGCAUUCGAUAUACAAAGAACUCUUUGGUGCAAGAAGCCCGGAAGUUGUUCCAUCGGAUAUGGAAGACAUGGACUAUGUUAGCAAGGCUCACAUGUUCUAUGAGUCUCAGCUCGAAACCAAGGAUAUUGAUGAGACAAUUCACUUUGGGUGGCGAGAUGGAAGGCUCAUUGUACGAACCAGAUCCCUUGCGCUUGAUGGGAAAAGCUGUCGGGUCUUGGAAUUGUUACCGUGUGAAAUCUUUCAAGGGGAUCUGCCAUCUAUCUUAGUGAAGGAAUAUUUUCAUUGGAUGGAGUUAUCUACUUGUCAGAUUGAGCUGCGGCCUAAGAAGGCACCCUGGACAUCCUCCCAAUCGAACUGGCACCUCCGUCGUACUGCAUGCUCCACAUGGGUCAUGGAUAAAGGGUCAUCUGUCAGACUAGUUGACUGUCAAAGCCGCACAGGGGAGAUGAUUCAUGCUAUCCUUCGUCCACUUGAACCUGAAAAUAACAUUCUUAUCACAAUGGCAAGGUCGUCGAUGCAAGAAUUGCGCGUUGUUCUUCCCCGAAUCCAGCUCUCCUUCGCCCUGAAGGGUGGGAAGCUUCAUUCAAUGAACUUUCCGGGUUUCGAAGUAGAUAGUAACCAAUCAAUAGGCACAAUGCUGGGCCUCCGCAGUCAGUUGGUCUUGCGUCACAGCGGAGAUCUCGUUCCUGGUGUGGAGCUUAAUUAUUCGAGACGCGUCAUAAUCCCGACGGGGGAUGUGUCUAUCGCAAGUGACGGUGACCACGUCACUGUUACGAUUGAUGACUCGGAAUCGUCACACGUCAAAUAUUGUGAUUAUGACAUUGAUGUCUUACUGGGCCGGCUGGUUGGAGACGGAAGUUUGCCCAGCGCAUUAUUCCAGUCACUUCUUCAUGCUGUCACUAGUUAUUGCUUGCCCGAUCCUCUCACGUCAUUGUCAGGAGUCGAGGAAGCGAUCCAAAUCCUUCGAUCAGCGCGUUGCAAAUCGUUCCAAAGUCUUGGUGACUGGGAGCGGCAGCUUCUGCGUCAGUUGUCGGCGUUAACACCAUCAAGGACUGGGGAACUGCCCGAUGAACUGCCCGAUGAACCGCUUGGUGGGUGGCCAGGUGGACGGCGCGAGCUAUGGAAACGGAAACGGGAACGAGAACGAGAACAGGAACGAGAACGAGAACGGGAACAGGAACAGGAACGGCAAUGGGAAUGGGAAUGGGAAUGGGAACAGGAACAGAAACGGAAACGGAAACAGGAACGAGAAUGGGGAUGGGAACGGGAACGAGAGCGGGAACGAGAAUUCGAUUUGAGAAAGCUUUGGGAGCGUGGUAUUGGAGAAGUCGUUUGGAAUGAAGCGCUUAGUCCGCUUGUCCAACACUGUGCCUUUUGGGAUGAGACCCGAUCUAUUUUCAAAUGGAUCGAUGAAAUGAGUGUCGUUGACCCUUCUGUACGUUUCGGAGGAUCGGAACGUCAUUGGGGAGAACUGCGUCUGCUCUCCCGUGCUGGAUGUUGCAAUGCAGUCUGGUACGGUCCUGAUCUUCCAUGGGCUAUGCGGGGUGUGGACGUGAUAUAUAAAUCCAGGGACGUGAUACGUGAACCCAGGGACGCGAUUCAUGAAUCUGACAAAGGACUCGAUGCUACCCGUAUUCGUGCCGCAUCCAAUGUCUCUAGUCUGGUAUACCAUUGUCCUCGUCGGCUAAAGACACCCAAAGACCUUUUGUCUCGCUUGUCUCGCCUUGGACGGUGGCGGGAGAUUCAAGGUUCAUCCCCCAAUCAUUUGUCGAAUAUGCGUUUGGCAUUCAGCAAGGAAUGGCUGCGUUUGAACAUGGACAAAUGGAUACCUUUGUACAAUGCGUGUCGAACAGAGGAAUGGGGAAACCGUACUCGUUUCAAAUUGAUGUUUAGUCUUCCGGCGCCCGUCGCCUUUACUCAAUACGGGGAUUUGGUCCCUGCCUUACUUGCAUUCAUACGCUACCCCGAGUUUCGUUCCAUUGAUCCGCCACCGUGGCCCCGAUACGAUUUGAGCGUGGGCUAUAAACCAGAUGCAUCCGAACUCAAAAGUGCCAUUACGGGGUCCCUUCCACGCAAAUUUUUUCCCCAGACAUCUUUUCAGGUUUCUUUUCUUCUCAAAAACUUGAUUGCUCAAUGGAAUAAUGAACCCACAAGAGCCCCAACAUUACCAAGCCUGCCGGAUGGCGAUGUGUGGCUGAUCAGCACCUCUUUUGCUAUGGCCGAGGCGACUAAGUUGUUUGAAUCCUGUUUGAGAAACCGGGAUUUUCGCCAGCACAUUCGGGUAGUCCAGAGGGUAUUGGACAAACACCGGACUUGGACUUCAGAUGCUCCGGUUCUACCGAUAUAUUCGUUUCCGACAUCCUUACGACUCGGAUUAGUGGAACCGUCCAUCGUAUCGUACAGUGACGUCUUUCUCCGACAACCUCCGAUUCUUGCAUGUACGCCAACCCCUCUGGAAACGAAAAGAUGGUUGACCAUCAAAUCGUCUUCGGAACGCAGUAAUCUCAAAGCUCUCAUUUCGACUCUCCGUUCAUCCCACGAUCCGAUAUCCCAGAAAUAUAGGGCUGAUCUUGAGGCUAGCCGCAAUGCAUUGCAUGACAACAUACAAACCAGCGUGGAGCGGGUGGAAUCUCUCCAAGAAGAGCUUUAUCGCGAUCACCGGAUGUACCGAUCGCAUCUCGCUCAUGUGUUAGGGCAAGUCGGAAGGGCGCUCAACCCGGAUCCUCCUCAGUCAGAGCGAGUACAGGAAGUUAUGCGGGUUGCAGGACUAUGGCCGAAGAGCACCACUCGUUCUUUGCUGCACCACUUAUCAUUCUCAGCGCGUUCAACAGUAAACUUAUCCCCCGAAUGGAGGAAUGUUCUCGUUUGCCUCGCCCAGUCCAUACUUCUCUGGCAGCGAUCGGAGAGAUUGCUGAGAUUAGGACCCAAAUCCGAUGAGUUUCUGAAGGAAUGUUCGAGUUAUCCUGAUCUGCAUGACAUCUCUGACGACUGGCUGCUUGUCCAGAUUGACUCCAACUUUCUUGCACGCCCUCUUCAAGUUGAUGUUGCGCGUAACAUGAUGUUUCCUCGCUCACAAGACAAUAUCAUCCUUCAACUCAAUAUGGGGGAGGGAAAAACGUCCGUUAUUGUUCCGCUUAUUGCCAUAUCUCUAGCAGAUGGACGAAAACUAGUCAGAGUCAUCGUGCCAAAGCCCUUAGCAAAUCAAACGUUCCAGUCUCUGGUCCGACGCCUGAGUGGCUUAGCGAAUCGGCAAAUAUAUUGCAUGCCGUUCUCCCGUGCCAUCACAACGGAUUCGGAUGUUUUUCGAAGGAUCUGUCAUGAAUGCAUGGAUGGUGGUGGUAUACUGGUUAUGCAGCCUGAACACGUCCUGUCUUUUAAACUCACGAGCAUUGAACGACGGCUUUCAACGCCCGGGACAAGUGCACUGUUAGGGUUACAGCGAUGGCUGGACGCAAACGUUAGGGACAUUUUGGACGAGAGUGACGAGAUUCUGGCGGUCAAGUGUCAACUUGUGUACACAAUUGGCACUCAGCAGCCCCUAGAUCCUCAUCCUAUCAGAUGGACUAUGGUGCAGCAUGUGUUUGCUAUCCUGCGUAGUAGCGGUCGGCUCCUUCAUCAGCUGGCUUCUCAAGGGGAUCUCGAGCUCGAGCAACGAGACGGGUGUUUCCCUCGACUUCGCAUUCUCAAACACGAGGCUGGCGUUCAAAUUUUGAAAUCUCUCUUACGUGAAAUAACGCAAGGGGAGUCUCCUGAUCUACCUUCGUUUCGGCUAUUCCACGGAGAGGUGCGACGAGAAGCAGAGGCUUUCAUCGCCCAAAGGAAUCCCGGAAAACUUCAUGGAUUGCGAAAUCACUGCCGCAGUGACCACCAUCUGUGGAGCGUUUUACUCCUGCUGAGAGGUCUUUUUGCGCAUGGGAUACUUAUGUACGUUCUCAGUGAACGUAGGUGGCGAGUAGACUAUGGGCUUGACCUAACACGGUCACGUCUCGCAGUGCCCUAUCGUGCAAAAGAUGUGCCUGCACUGAGAGCAGAGUUCAGUCACCCGGACGUUUGUAUUUCGCUAACAUACCUCAGCUACUACUAUGGCGGAUUGUCUCACGAUCAGCUUGAUAUGUGCUUCGAGCAUAUCAACCAACUAGAAGACCCUGUAGUGGAAUAUCGCAAGUUGAUUAAGGAUAAUUGCUUAGUGCCAGACUUUCUGCGCAAUUACAAUACUUUCAACCCGGAUGACCGCGAACAAAGGAUCCAGCAUCUCUAUCCAGCUUUCGAAAGGAACCCGUCGACGAUCAACUUCUUCCUCUGUCAGGUUGUUUUUCCGAAAGAAGCCAAGACAUUUCCUCAAAAACUCUCCGCAUCCGGUUGGGACAUCGCCGAACGAAGGCAACACGUAACGACAGGUUUUAGUGGCACCAAUGACAACCGCUAUCUUCUCCCCACUUCUAUUCAACAGGACGACGUCCCUGCGCAAUUGGGUACGAAUGCCAAGGUGUUGAAUUUAAUGCUGCGACCUGAGAACGAUCACUAUCAAAGUGCGGCGAGCAGCACGUUUCUGGACCUCAUCGUCAAGGAGACUCCUCAAAUCCGAGUGUUGUUGGAUGUGGGCGCUCAGAUGUUGGAGUACUCCAAUAAGGAAUUGGCAUCGAUAUGGCUUUCGCAAGUCUCGGCAGUAGAUAUAGAUGCUACGAUCUUCUUUUCCGAAGAUGACGAAAUCUUCGUUAUUAGGCGUGAUGGAGUAACAGAACCGUUCAUCUCAUCGUCAUACAGACACCAGCUUGAUCGCUGUAUCGCGUACCUGGAUGAUUCCCACACAAGAGGCACCGAUUUGAAGUUGCCCGCCAAUUAUCGUACGGCAGUUACAUUAGGUCCGAAAGUGACAAAGGAUAGACUAGUUCAAGGAUGUAUGCGAAUGCGCAGGUUAGGUAAGGGACAAUCUGUCUUAUUUCUCGCCCCUCCCGAUGUGGAUCGCAAAAUCCGCAAGCUCUCCAAAAAGUUUCGUGGAGAACGAAUUGGUGUAUACGACAUUCUUUCCUGGUCCAUCAGGGAGACGUGUGCCAGCCUAAGGCGUUACAGUUGUGAUUGGAGAGAGCAAGGCAUCCAUUACAUCGACAGGCAAUGCGCAUGGGAAGAGUUUUGGACGUCCUACAUCCGUCGCACCUCAGUGUUAGAAAAAUAUUGGUUGAAACCCGAGUUGAAGUCUCUCGAGGAAAUGUAUGGGGCACCACCGUCCUCCGGGCCACUGGAACAGGAACCGCCCCAUCCGGCAGCCGAUUGUCGCGAGAUCAAGCAGAGGAGUGAGAUUUUCUCAUCCUCCACAAUGAGUUGGCUGGUGAAAAUGGCAGAAGAGCAGGAACGUGAAGUAGUCCACGAGUCUAGGCGCGAGCCGGAGGACGAGGAGUCACUACCACCUUUACGACCUGCUCGCCAUCACCUCCAUCCUGAUGUCGAAUCAUUUGUGCACGAUGGUCAAAUACCACCAUCUUCUCCUGCUUUCGUCUCGCUCUUUUCUUCAAUCACAAUCCUCCCUCGGUCUCAGCAAGACACCAAGUGGUCACGCAACCUUCUUGCAACCAGCGACUUCGUCACCACAAUCAAAGGUUCGAGUGCACACAAAGGCAUCGAGUUUCUUCGGCCUGUGAACUGGAUACUGUCUAGCAUUCGCGGAUCGAUGCUCGUGGUGUGCAGUCCUUUUGAGGUGAAUGAGUUGCUCCCAGAAAUUCGUCGCAGCGGCAACGUCAGGUUGCACGUGUACUCUCCAAGAACAAGUCAGCCGAUGAGGUCCCUCGAUGAUCUCAAAUUUUACACAAUUCCGUCCUUACCGACGACGUGGACCUACCCGGAGAGGCUCACAGUCUCGCAGCUCAAUAUAUUCUCAGGCCAGAUGUACAUCAACAACUUCGAAACGUAUCUCGAACUUUGCAAUUUUCUGGGCGUCAACACCAGUCAUGAUGGGAGGAACGAAGUAGAAACACAAAGUGAUGGUUUUGUCCUACCCAGGAAGCGUACUCGGGAAAUGAGCUUGGUCUGCCCCUUUGAUAUUAGUCCCUUGCCUUUCAUCCGCAAGCUAACGAGUCUCCGGAGGAACGGAACGUCCUAUGCCUCUACUCAUCUUGGACGAAUUGUUAAUGGAGCAUUCGUUCAGCCAGAGGAGUUUUGA